UGGGGUGGCUUAUCGUCAUCAAUCCACUGGGUUUCUCCCUCCUCAUCCCUCUCUCGAGCUUUCUGGCAUCACUCAGGCGCUCGGAGAGGGUCUCACUACUACCGUCUAUUUCUUGAAAUAUCUCUCGUGAUGGCUGAUGAGGCGAGCAGGCCCUUGUUGGACGGGCAGGCCCGGUCGUCCUCUCCGACUCCGUCCCAUGACAGAACCACUCGUCCAGACCAGCCUCGCCGAUCAUUCGAGCUGUCAUCAGAAUCCACACCACUACUCCAUCGUCGCGAAGAGGACAUCGCAACAUAUGGAACAGACAGGCCUUCCUCAGUCGCUUCUCGAAGAUCGAUAUCUCCCGUGGAUGGUUCCACGAAGAAACCGAGCCGAGUACGAUGGCCGAUAAUCAUCUCCCUCGCCCUACUGACGACGGGUGUCCUGGCGAUUCUGGUCUUCGCUUUUGCCGCGCCGGCCGUGGUGAAAGGGUAUGCGCAGGAAGCGGCCGUAUUCAAGCCAACGGCUCUAUCCAUAGACUCCACCACCCCCGAUGGCGUUCGCGCUCGAGUGCAGGGCGACUUCGUCAUGGAUGCAAAUCGCGUGAAGAACAAGUCAAUCCAGUGCUUUGGUCGGUUCGCCACAUGGAUUGCUCGGGAAGUCGAGACGGGCGAGUCAGAUGUCGAGGUAUACCUGCCAGAGUACGGCAAUGUGCUCAUUGGAAACGCGGCGGUACCGUCCAUUAAAGUGAAUAUCCGCAAUGGUCAUAAGAACCACAUCGACUUCUUGACUGAUCUGACGGCUGGUGACAUCAAAGGGAUUCAUUCCAUUGCCAUGGAUUGGAUAGAAGGCAGACUGGCUCGCCUUAGCGUCAGAGGCAAGGCGACACUGCAUCUCAAGACCGGCCUUAUUGCUCUAGGGUCUCAAAUCCUAACAGAGACAAUCACAUUCGAAGAAAAUGACUUCCCUGUUUUGCCUGUGAUCAGCCUGACUCGGCUGAACGUGCACGAUGCAGACAACGGGUCGAUGGCCGUUGACGUUUCACUCACUGCAAAGAUCGACUCUCCAGUUUCUGUGACAAUCCCAGCCCUUGGGUUCGAAGUGCUCGUACCCAACUGCUCUCCGGGCGACCCUCUUAUCAUGGUAGCCAAUGCCGACACAGCAGAGGUACAAGUUCGCACCGACAAGCCCACCGAUGUGAGCGUCAAAGGCCUCAUCAAGCAGAUUCCCGACGAAUUGACAACCAGCUGCCCCGGGGAAAGGGAUUCGCCUUUGGACCUGCUGGUUUCGAACUUCAUCCAAGGCGUGGAGACUACCAUCUUUGUGCGCGGAGCGGAUGCUCCGUCACCCGAAACACCCGGCUGGAUCGCGGACCUGCUCCGCAGUGUCACCGUGCCCUUGCCUUUUACCGGACAUGCUUUGGACAACCUGGUAAAGAACUUCACCAUGACGGACACUCACUUCUCACUUCCCGACCCAUUCGCAGAGCCUGGUGCCCCGGGAGCACAGCCGUCUGUCUCAGCCAUCAUGAAGGUCCUUAUCGGCUUGCCAGAGGAGAUGAACUUCCAAGUCGAAGUUCCUCGUGUCAGAGCAAUUGCGAAGGUGUACAACAAAGGCAAAGAACUCGGAGUGCUGAACAUCGAUGAGUGGCAAAAAGCCAACUCGACCCUCACCGAGGACGAGGACGGCUUGCCCGCAUUGCUCGUGGAGUUUGCCAUCAAAGACGCCCCGUUGAACGUGACCGACAGCGGCGUCCUAUCGGAAGUCGUUCAAGGGAUGCUAUUUGGGAACGGAGUGGUCUUGCACGUUGCGGCCACUGUAGAUACAAAAGUCUCGACUGGCUUGGGCCGCUUGACAGUGCGCGGCAUCCCCGCAGAAGGCGAUGUCCCGGUGAACACUCCUGCUGGAAAUCCACUUCAUCACCUCAAUCCGCAAGUUGUUUCGUUGUCAUUGAACGAGACUGCUGAAUCUUCGCUUUCUGUCUCUGUUAAGGUGAACUUUACGAAUCCCACUUCGUACUCAGCAACUGUUCCGUUCGUUGAUCUUCUUAUGUUGUACAACGGCACCGCCAUCGCGCAUAUCACUGCCCGCGAUAUCUCCGUUCACCCCGGAAAUAACACAGAUGUUCCGAUUAGCUUCUUGUGGAACCCACUUGACAGCAGUGGCAUUGACGGUGUAGAAGCAGGUCGAACACUGGUCUCAUCAUAUGUUUCAGGCUACAAUACAACAGUCACCAUUCAAACACACGAGGCAACCAUCCCCUCCCUUCCAGCGCUGGGCAAAGCGUUAUCGGCCAUUCAUAUCAACCUUCCGAUCCCUCAACUAUCCACACCAGGAUCUCCCGAUGAUGGCAAAGACAGACCUCACUUUAUUCAAGAUGCAACGCUCCAUUUCUGGUCAUCAACGGCCGAAUUCACCCUCUUCUCACCCCUGAACGAAACAAGCAUCACCAUCACCUCGAUCGAGGCAACCGCAUUCUACGAAAAGGACGAGCCCGUCGGCAGGAUCAACCACUACAAGCAAUUUGAUGUCCCACCAGGUAUCUCGCACACGCCGCGUCUUCCAGUUGACUUGGUCUUGGAUGGUGUUGGAUACGACGCUUUGCGCAAGGCGCUCGGGGAGUCGCUCGAGAUGGAUGCGUUGGCCAAGAUCGGGAUCAAGGUUCUUGAGUAUACUGAUGUCAUAUUUUACCGCGGCAAAGGGAUUGCUGCGAAGGUCAGGAUUUAG